AUGACUGGUUUUAAAAAUCUUAUAUCUUUACUCCUGCUUUCAAUGGUAGCCAGCAUAGGACUGGCGGAGUACAAGCUGGUAUGUUACUACACCAACUGGUCCCAGUACAGGACUGGUAUCGGCAAAUUCUUCCCACCGGAUAUAGACCCAAACCUGUGUACCCACAUCAUAUACGCGUUUGGAAAACUAGUUGGCAACAAGAUCACCAAUUUUGAAUGGAAUGACAACGACGAUUGGAGCAAUUUGUAUGGGCAAGUGAAUGCUCACAAAGAGAAGAAUCCUAAUCUGAAAACACUACUGGCCAUGGGGGGCUGGACGGCCGGAAGUCUGGUUUAUUCAAACAUGGCGUCAACUGCUGAAAACAGGAAAGAGUUCAUAGAGUCUGCAAUUGACUGGUUAAGGAAAUAUAACUUUGAUGGCCUCGAUAUGGAUUGGGAAUACCCUGCAAAUAGGGACGGAAAACCUUAUGACAAAGCAAACUUUGCCCAUCUUUGCAAGGAAACACGUGAGGCGUUUGACGAUGAAGCUGCUCGUACAGGAAGGGAGCGGUUAUUAUUUACAGCCGCUGUUGGAGCUGGGAAGAGCGUUGUAGACUCUGCCUAUGAUGUUCCAGUGAUGGCACAAUACAUGGACUUUAUAUGUAUUAUGACGUAUGACUUACAUGGAUCUUGGGACCCAAACACAGGCCUGCACACCGGACUCUACGCCUCAGAUAAUGAUCCAGAUAAAACUCUGAAUGUUGCCUAUGCAGCAAAUUAUUGGCAUCAAAAGGGAGCUCCCCGAGAGAAACUGAUCAUAGGUCUGGGUACAUAUGGACGAAGUUUCACACUGGUGGAUGCGUCUAAUCACGGAGUUGGGGCUCCAGCAUCAGGCGCUGGGAACCAAGGACCUUACACAAAAGAGAAAGGAUUUUUAUCUUACUAUGAGAUUUGUGAGAUGCAAAAGAGUGGCCAGGGAGUUACGUACAGAGAUCCAGUAGCCAAAGUUCCGUAUUAUGUGAAUCCAAGUACGAAACUAUGGGUUGGCUUUGAUGAUAAGACUAGUCUCAGACUAAAGAUAACUGACCUUAUCAUCAAAGACGGCUAUGGAGGAGCUAUGACAUGGGCUCUACCCCUGGAUGAUUUCAAGGGAACAGUAUGUGGGGAGGGAAAAUACCCCCUGAUUUCUUUGAUGAAGGAGGUACUAGGAUCUGGGGGUGGAGGAGGGCCAGUGAAUCCUUCUACAAACCAGCCUGUGACUAACGCCCCCUCUACUGCAGCCCCAACGGCAGGACCGACAAACAGUCCAGUUACUACCGAGGCUCCCACUGCAGGACCGACAAACAGUCCUGCUACCACCCAGGCUCCACCUAAAACCACCACUGAGGGUGGGGGAAUAGGCUCUGGAUUUUGCUCCACUGCUUCAAAUGGCCUACAUCCACAUCCGUUCGACUGCUCUCUGUAUUACAACUGCUGGGGUGGUGUUGGCGAUCCAAUGAAAUGCCCGGAUGGACAGUUCUUUAGUACGGUAUACAAUGGCUGUGACUAUGCCGAUCGGGUUGAAUGUAAUGUGGUGGGAUCAACCAGUGCCCCCACGAACGCUCCUACGACGCAACCACCUGCUACCACUGCAGCACCGACCCAAGCACCAACAACACAGGGACCUUAUACAGAGGCACCAACGGUUACUUGUGAUGGAAAUGAUGGUCGACUUAUAAAACAUCCAAGCGACUGUACAAAGUUCAUUCAGUGUGUACAUGGAGAACCUGUAGAAAUGAGCUGUCAACCAGGCCUGCAUUUCUCGGUUUCUAUCAACACCUGUGAUUGGCCAGCCAAUGCAGGCUUGACAGGUCUGGCGGAAUACAAGCUUGUAUGUUACUACACCAACUGGUCCCAGUACAGGACUGGCAUCGGCAAAUUCUUCCCACAGGAUAUAGACCCAAACCUGUGUACCCACAUCAUCUACGCGUUUGGAAAGCUAAUUGGCAACAAGAUCACCAACUUUGAAUGGAAUGACAACACUUUGUACGGACAGGUGAAUGCUCACAAACAGAAAAACACUAAGCUAAAAGCACUACUGGCCAUGGGGGGCUGGACGGCCGGAAGUCUUGCUUAUUCAAACAUGGCAUCAACUGCCGAAAACAGGAAAGAGUUUAUAGAAUCUGCAAUUGACUGGUUAAGAAAAUAUAACUUUGAUGGCCUCGAUAUGGAUUGGGAAUACCCUUCAAAUAGGGACGGAAAACCUUAUGACAAAGCAAACUUUGCUCAUCUUUGCAAGGAAACACGCGAGGCGUUUGACGAUGAAGCUGCUCGUACGGGAAGGGAGCGGUUAUUAUUUACAGCCGCUGUUGGUGCUGGGAAGAGUGUAGUAGACUCUGCCUAUGAUGUUCCAGUGAUGGCACAAUACAUGGACUUUAUAUGUAUAAUGACGUAUGACUUACAUGGAUCUUGGGAAUCAAAGACAGGCCUGCACACCGGGCUCUACGCCUCAGAUAAUGAUCCAGAUAAAACUCUGAAUGUUGCCUAUGCAGCAAAUUACUGGCAUAAAAAGGGGGCUCCCCGAGAGAAACUGAUCAUAGGUCUGGGUACAUAUGGACGAAGUUUCACACUGGUGGAUGCGUCUAAUCACGGAGUUGGGGCUCCAGCAUCAGGCGCUGGGAAUCCAGGACCUUACACAAAAGAGAAAGGAUUUUUAUCUUACUAUGAGAUUUGUGAGAUGCAAAAGAGUGGCCAGGGAGUUACAUACAGAGAUCCAGUAGCCAAAGUUCCGUAUUAUGUGAAUCCAAGUACGAAACUAUGGGUUGGCUUUGAUGAUAAGACUAGCCUCAGACUAAAGAUAACUGAUCUUAUCAUCAAAGAUGGCUACGGAGGGGCUAUGACGUGGGCUCUACCCCUGGAUGACUUCAAGGGAACAAUUUGUGGGGAGGGAAAAUACCCCCUGAUUUCUUUGAUGAAGGAGGUACUAGGAUCUGGGGGUGGAGGAGGGCCAGUGAAUCCUUCUACAAGCCCUUCUACUGCAGCCCCCACUGCAGGACCGACAAACAGUCCAGCUACCACUCAGGCUCCACCUAAAACCACCACUGAGGGUGGGGGAAUAGACGACAGUAUUUGCGCAAGUGUCUCGGAUGGAUAUAUGUUUCCAAAUAAUAAUGAUUGCACAAGCUAUUAUCAAUGUGUACAUAAAAAAGUUAUUAAGAGAUAUUGCCAGCCAGGACUGUACUUUAAUCCUGCAAAUAAAUUUUGUGAUUGGCCACGUAAUGUCAAGUGUAAUCCGCUGACCACAACAGUAGUAACCAAGCCGACAACACAGACACCCACCAAGACAGAUCCGACAACUAGGCCGACAACACAGUCACCCACCAAGACAAAUCCGACAACCAAGGCUCCAACAACUAAUGUCCCGACAACUAAAGCCCCGACAACUACAGCCCCUAAAACCACUAUACCAUCAGGUAAAAGGAAAACAUAUACGUGCCCGUAUGACGGGGCGGUGAGAGACCCGUCUGACUGUUCUCGUUACUAUCUUUGCUGGGGUGGAUCUAAGUUACAAUCAUAUGCACCCAAACAGUGUCCCUCAGGGCAAAUGUUCAGCAACGUCUACAAAGUCUGCGAUCGUGCAGACCGUGUGAACUGUGGUAGUAAUCCAUCUACAGAAGCUCCAAAAACCAAUGCUCCGACAACUAAACAGCCAUUGACACCAAGACCAACAACAGGUGCUCCGACAACAAAACAGCCAUUGACACCACGACCAACAACAGGUGCUCCAAUGACUGCAGUACCAACGUCUGCACCAGGAAAUCCAUGCAUUAAUAAUGAUGGACGACUGCUACCUCAUCCUUCAGACUGUACUAAGUAUAUUCAGUGUUUGUACGGAUCUCCGUUAACCAGGCCUUGUAAUGUGGGCCUCCAUUUCUCCCUCACACAUCGUAUAUGUACCUGGCCCAGUCUGGCUGGAUGUCAGUAG